GAGGCAGCAAAGGAGGACAAAUGAACAUAGAGGGUUUUCCGAUCACUGGAAUGACUGAGCUACCUGAUUUUGUCUCCAAACAAAGUUCUCGCUCUUCAGAAAAGAAAUCAUGGCUGAGUAUUUUUUCUCUGUGUGUGUGAGGGCAGAUUUUUGACAUAAGUCACUGCCUUCAUCCUCUCAUCUGACUAUUCUGCUGCGAUCUUGCUGCAACGGACCAGACACAGACACAGAAGUGUAGAAGGACAAAAGGAUAAAGAGAGGAUAAAGCAAUGAAACGCAGAAGAUGAAAGCAUGUUAAAGGAGAAAAUGAAAAAUAGAUUUUUUUUGCUUAAUUCCUAAAAAUUAAUGGAUGCAGCUCAUUAAACCAUAAUCCAUUUUUCACUGGAAGCUGGGUUUUGACUCUGGACUAUCGACUGUUAAAAACCAUCGGGUUUUGCAGUUGCAGCAGAUGUUGAGCACAUCCAAGACUUUAUAGGGAGUGGAAGCACUUCAGGCAUAACUUGGACCUGAAUUCCUUCAAAUUUAAUUCUCUGUCCAGUUUUUUUUUCCCCUUUUAUGCCUUACGUUGGGAACUUUGUCUGCCUAGAGGAAAACAUAGAGGAGGAAUAUUAUUUUCAUUUUGUAUACCGAUCAGUUUUUACCUUAUUGGUAUUGUAAUUGUGCCACUGUGGACCUACAGUGUGGACAAUACCGAGGACCUCCCUCACUUUUAUCUGCCCUUUCCAUCCUUCCUGCAUUUGAAAUGGAGCAUGGAGAUCUUUGGACAAAAACCAGAGAACAAUUCAGCUAUUGAGUUUUCUGGAUUCAUCGACCUCUGAAGGGCUCCUCAAACAUAUUCCUGCAAAAGAUCAUGAAUACUUCCCUGGAUUCACUCAACCAGAGCUCCUCUAACUUGUCAACCUCGUCUGCUCCCUUCUGCUUACUUGAGAUAGGCUAUACCCAGGUUUUCAAUACCUGUCUCCUAGAAGUGUCUGUCAUACUUCUCCUCACUGUUCUUAUUAUUUGUGGUAACCUAGUGGUUAUUUUUGUGUUUCACUGUGCCCCUCUGCUUAGCCAGCACACCACCAGCGCUUUCAUCCAAACCAUGGCAUAUGCAGAUCUGCUGGUGGGUGUCAGCUGCAUUUUCCCUUCUUUGUCCCUACUCCAUCACCUGCAGGGACUUGACCCCAAACUCACCUGCCAGGUGUUUGGGUACAUGGUGUCAGUUUUGAAGUCAGUUUCUAUGGCAUCUUUAGCAUGCGUGAGUGUGGACCGAUACAUUGCCAUAACACGGCCUCUGACUUACGCAUCUCUGGUAACACCUUGCCGAGUGCGCUGCUGUAUUGUUCUAAUAUGGGUUUACUCUGCGCUGGUGUUCCUCCCAUCUUUUCUGGGGUGGGGGAAACCUGGGUAUCAUGGCGACGUUGUGGAGUGGUGUGCACUUGAGUGGAAGACCAGUCCGUUUUUCACAACGUUUAUUGUGGCACUGCUCUACGCCCCAGCUGCUUUCACAGUCUGCUUCACCUACGCCCACAUCUUUAAGAUUUGCAGACAGCACACCCGGGAGAUCAGUGAACGGCACGCACGUUACCGACCCCAGCAGCUGCAGGGCCCAGGAAUCACCGCAGGGUCUGUUGGCAAGGACACCAGCACGGUAGAGCGAGGGCAUUUGCCGUACAUGUCCCAACCUCCAAAGCCCCAGCACCACGAACAACAUCAUUCUACAUCAACAUACCCGGACAAGAGAUAUGCUAUGGUAUUGUUUCGCAUCACCAGUGUGUUUUAUAUACUCUGGUUGCCCUACAUCCUGUACUUCCUGUUUGAGAGUGGAGGGAUAUAUCGCCACCCUGCAGCUUCAUUUCUUACCACAUGGUUGGCGAUCAGCAACAGCUUUUGUAACUGUCUCAUUUACAGCCUCUCAAACUCUGCUUUCAGAAAGGGCCUUAAACGCCUCUGCUCCUUCUGUUUAAAGCGCAGUGGCAGUGGCCUCGGGGUUAAGAACUCAAAAAAAGCUUUCGUCGGCUCUAUUGAAAAGGGUUGUGCGGGACCGGGAUACGGUUGUGGACACGAGGACAUGAGUGUCGGUGCAACGUGUCAUGUGUAGUGCAAACACGAAGGAAGUUCUUAUACAAAAAUUUGCAUCCGGACUGAAAUGCCUCAAACGACAUUUGUCAAAUGUCACUAGAAUGUAUUAUAAAGAGAUGGGAGAUGCAUUGAUCUGUCACUGCCGUUUCUGUCGUGUUUGGAGGCUGAGCAGGCCCUUUCUGCACAAACCACAGCGGGCAAAGGCAGCAAAGAAAAAUCAAAGGCAAAGCAAUGAAAAUGAUCACAGCCUUAAUGGUGUUUUGGUAUUGUUUUUUAAAUCUUUGUCAUGGUAACAUGGUAAACAGUAUAUUUUGUGUGUUCUCACCUCUUUAUUGCUGAAUGCUGAAAAUGAUGAAUCGGUGUAUGUGUUUUGUUAACCGAUUCAUUAAUUGAGCCGAGUAAAGAUAAAGAUGGAUGUGGACCAAAGUGAUUAGAAUUUGUCUGCAUCAAACAAUCGCUGCGUGAACUUUGAAUUGAAGAUUAUUUAUCGUUGUUGUUAAAAAUGGCUCUAAGUUAUGGAUUUGCACACUGUACUUGCUGUACAUACUAUGACCCAGCUCUUGUGUACAGCUAAUAGACAAAAAAAAAACGUUCCUGAAGAUUUUGCUUUUGAAGUGAUGUUUUGAACCAUUGUCAGACUGAUUGCACCUUUAUUUUGAUUGUGUAGCUUAACUUAUUUACUGAUGCAUAUUCAGGACAAAAAAACACUGAGAAAUAAAUGUUUUUCCCAUUUGUUUUUAUCA